UGCCAUCCGCUGAUCGUAGCCUUGUUCCCGUCACAUUGUCCCAGCCCCACGGCCCUGGAGCGAGAGACCCGAGUGGAGCAGCGGAUACAACAGCAGCAGCAGCGGUACUCAGAAGACCCAGACCCGUCGUCAUGUCUUCCAACUCAACCCCAAACCUUCGUAUCCUGAUAAAAGGCGGUAAAGUGGUGAAUGAUGACUGCACUCAGGAGGCCGACGUCUACAUAGAGAACGGCAUCAUCCAGCAGGUCGGGAAGGAGCUGAUGAUCCCGGGAGGGGCAAAGGUCAUCGACGCCUCGGGAAAACUGGUGCUUCCCGGAGGCAUAGACACGAGCGUGCAUCUGGACGAAACUUUUAUGAACGCGACCACGGCUGACGACUUCUACAGCGGAACUAAGGCUGCUCUGGCUGGUGGGACGACCAUGGUGAUCGCUCAUGUGUUACCAGACAAAAACGAAUCUCUAAUGGACGCCUACGAGAAGUGCCGCAACUCUGCAGAUCCUAAAGUCUGCUGUGACUACGCCCUGCAUGUUGGCGUCACCUGGUGGGGGCCCAAGGUGAAGGCAGAGAUGGAGAGGUUGGUUCGAGACAAAGGGGUAAACUCGUUCCAGAUGUUUAUGGCGUAUAAGGACUCGUUUAUGCUGCGGGACUCUGAGUUGUACCAGGCUCUGCAGCACUGUAAGGACAUCGGCGCGGUGGCUCGAGUGCACGCUGAGAACGGAGAGCUGGUCGCGGAGGGGGCGAAGGAGGCGCUGGAGCUGGGGAUCACUGGACCAGAGGGGAUUGAAAUCAGCCGACCAGAAGAGCUGGAGGCAGAGGCGACCCACCGAGCCAUUACCAUCGCCAACAGGGCCCACUGCCCCAUUAACCUGGUGAAUGUGUCCUGUGCAUCUGCUGGAGACGUCAUUGCCACGUCAAAGAUGCAGGGUAAAGUGGUCCUUGGAGAGACCACGACGGCUCACUCUGUCCUCUCAGGGCUGCAGUAUUACCAUCAUGACUGGGCUCUGGCAGCGGCCCAUGUGACUGUGCCGCCGCUGCGUCUCGAUCAGGGAACGCCGAACGCCAUCCUCAGCCUGCUGGGGAGUGACACUCUAAAUGUCGUAGCCUCGGAUCACCGGCCCUUCACCAUCAAACAGAAGGCCAUGGGCAAAGACGACUUCACCAAAAUCCCACACGGAAUCCCAGGAGUCCAGGACCGCAUGAGCGUGAUCUGGGAGAGGGGGGUGAUUGGAGGCAAAAUGGACGAGAAUCGCUUUGUGGCAGUGACCAGCUCAAAUGCAGCGAAGAUCUACAACUUAUACCCACGGAAAGGACGGGUCAUCGCUGGAGCAGACGCAGACAUUGUGGUGUGGGACCCCGAGGGAUCCAAGACCAUCUCUGCUGACUCCCAGGUCCAGGCCGGGGACAUAAACCUAUACGAGGGUCUGCGUCUCCAUGGCGUUCCCAUAGUAACCAUCGCUGGGGGCAGACUGGUGUACGAGGGCGGCAUGUUCACCUGUGCUGCUGGGGCUGGGAGCUACUGUCACAUGAGGAGCUUCCCCGACCCGCUCUACAAGAAGAUGGUCCAGAGGCAGAAGUCUCAGGCAGUGAAGCCGGUGGAGAGGGAGCCGUACUCUGGGGAGGUGGUGGAGGUGGUGAACUCAGGGAGAAGGGACUUUGGGACCCCAGAUCUGGACACUCCGACUCGGCCAAGCACCCGACAUGGAGGCCUCAGGGACCUGCAGGAGUCCAGCUUCAGUCUGUCUGGAGCCCAAAUUGACGACCACGUUCCUAAAAGAUCUUCCGCCCGGAUCCUGGCUCCCCCUGGGGGACGCUCCAGUGGGAUUUGGUAACUGCACAAUUGUCAAACAGGAGAAGAAGUGGUAGUUUUUUUGUGAUUUUUGAAGGUUGUUUCAGGUGUUUUCAUUUCAAUAACUGCACAAUGUUUAUAUAGGACUGUUCCACACUGCAUUUACAUGAAGGUAGAAGCGACGUAGGACUUAUCAAGUUUACUGCGGUAAACGUGCGAUACUGCGGUAAACGUGCGAUACUGCGGUAAACGUGCGAUACUGCGGUAAACGUGCGAUACUGCAGUAAACAUGCGAUACUGUAGUAAACAUGCGAUACUGCAGUAAACAUGCGAUACUGCAGUAAACAUGCGAUACUGUAGUAAACAUGUUGUAGUGUUUAAGACCAAAUCAACUCUCCAGAGUUUAUUCAU